AUGAUAGUACGGAGUCUAUACAAAGCUGCUGGCUUAAGUGCAAAAGCUUCGAUCCGAUCACAGCCAUGGACAAGACCAGGACUCGGCCUGCGGGUUUUCGCCAGCGACAGUCGACCCCCUACAGAUGGUUCGAAACCGAGGUCAAUUGCGAGUCAAUUGCAGAGGCAGCCGAGAGCGGCCGAUGAUAUUUCAGGGACGAAGCCAGAGAGUGUUACAAAACCUGCGCCAGCUACUCCUACCGCUAAAUCGGCGGACCCUCUGGCUCUUGAUGAGAAGACAAACAAGGAGCAGCGGAAAGCCGACUGGGCUAUUAUGAAAGAGAUGGCACGGUACCUUUGGCCCAAGGACAGCUUCGGGACGAGAGCUCGUGUUGCGAUCGCGGUCGCUCUCCUAGUAGGAUCCAAGGUGCUGAAUGUGCAGGUGCCUUUCUAUUUCAAGAGUAUCGUCGACUCCAUGAAUAUUGAUUUUGCAGCUGUGGGCGGUACGGCUACCACUGUAGCUGGUUCGAUGAUAUUGGCAUAUGGUGUCACCAGGAUUGGAGCUACGGUUUUCCAGGAAGUACGGAACGCUGUCUUUGCGAGUGUUGCACAGAAGGCUAUUCGAAGAGUGGCUUGUAAUGUCUUUGAUCAUUUACUGAGACUGGAUUUGAACUUUCACCUGACAAAGCAGACCGGCGGUCUAACGAGAGCUAUCGAUCGUGGUACGAAGGGUAUCAGUUUUCUUCUCACGUCUAUGGUGUUCCAUAUCCUGCCAACUGCUUUGGAGAUCAGUAUGGUGUGUGGUAUUCUGACGUAUCAGUACGGCGCAAAGUUUGCAGCUAUCACUGCUUUGACUAUGGUUGGAUACACGGCAUUUACCAUUUGGACAACUGCAUGGAGAACGAAGUUUCGAAGAGCCGCAAAUGCAGCAGAUAACAAGGGUUCCACAGUUGCCGUGGAUUCUUUAAUCAACUACGAAGCUGUGAAGUACUUCAACAACGAGAAGUAUGAGGUUGGCAGGUACGAUCAAGCCCUGAAAGAGUAUGAAAAGUCCUCUAUUAAGGUUGCUACGUCCCUCGCCUUUCUCAAUACUGGACAGAACUUGAUCUUUUCAAGCGCUCUAACUGCGAUGAUGUAUCUCGCCGCUGACGGUGUAGCCAGCGGGAGCUUGACCGUUGGCGAUCUGGUCAUGGUCAAUCAACUCGUUUUCCAGCUCUCAGUACCCCUAAACUUCUUGGGAUCUGUAUACCGAGAACUUCGCCAGUCUCUGCUUGACAUGGAAACUCUCUUCAAUCUCCAAAGGGUCAACGUAGCUAUCAAGGAACCUCCGAAUGCCAAGGCGCUCCAGCUAACCAAGGGAGGCGAGAUCACGUUUGAGAAUGUCACUUUCGGUUAUCAUGCGGACAGGCCUAUUCUGAAGAACCUUAGUCUUACGAUCCCAGCCGGGAAGAAAAUUGCUAUAGUGGGACCAAGUGGUUGCGGAAAGUCGACGAUCCUGCGACUCCUCUUCCGCUUUUAUGAUGUUCAAGAGGGAAGAAUCCUCAUCGAUGGCCAGGAUAUCAGGGAGGUCAGUUUGGAAUCUCUAAGAAAGGCUAUUGGCGUCGUGCCUCAGGAUACGCCAUUGUUUAACGACACAAUCGAACACAACAUCCGCUAUGGCGAUAUGACUGCAUCUCACGAGAAGGUUGUGGCAGCUGCACAGAGGGCAAAGAUCCACGAGAUCAUCUCGGCCCUCCCAGAUGGUUACAGGACCAAGGUUGGAGAGCGAGGGAUGAUGAUCUCUGGCGGCGAGAAACAGAGAUUGGCGGUUUCUCGACUUAUCCUUAAGGACCCGCCGCUACUCUUCUUUGACGAGGCUACCUCGGCAUUGGAUACACAUACCGAGCAAGCUCUCAUGCAAAAUAUCAACAGCAUCUUGAAGGAGAAUGGUAGGACUAGCGUGUUUGUGGCACAUCGAUUACGGACGAUCUAUGAUAGCGACAAGAUCAUUGUUUUGAAGGAUGGCAGCGUGGCGGAAAGUGGUACGCAUCGCGACUUGAUCGAUACCGGUGGCGUGUACUCGGAGCUUUGGAGUGCUCAAGAAACCCUGUUUGGCGAGGAUGGGGAGGAGCGCGAAAUUGAUAUAGAUAUAGCGGGGAACAUUGCGGAGAAAAGACCUGAUCGUCCUACAGCGCGAUGA